CGAGCUAUAAAGCAAUCUGCCUUGCUUUGUGUUGCGAUCAAUUCUCUUUCUUCGCCUGCCGAUCUUCUAAUCCUUGAUUCGAAGCGAGGGGAGCAACCUCGAUCGAUCGAUCGAUCGACUCUUCUCUUCAUGUUUUGCUCUCGGCGAUCCGAGAUCGAGGAGGAAUCGCUGGAGAUUUGCAGCUCGCCAUGGCGGAAAACCCUAGGAGAUUUGCCGUAGGGUACGCGCUCGCUCCUAAGAAGCAGCAGAGCUUCAUCCAGCCGUCGCUCGUCGAACUUGCGCGGCAAAAGGGCAUCGAUCUCGUCCCCAUCGAUGCGAGCCGGCCCCUCGCCGACCAGGGCCCCUUCGAUUGCGUGCUCCAUAAGCUUUAUGGCGAUGACUGGAAUACGCAGCUCGAGGAUUUCGUCUCGAAAAACCCUGGCGUCCCCGUCGUCGAUCCUCCCCUCGCGAUUGAGCGCCUCCACAAUCGCAUCUCCAUGCUGCAGGUCGUGUCUGAGCUCGAGAUCCGGCAGGAGAAGGAAACCUUCGGGAUUCCUAGCCAGGUCGUGAUCUAUGAUUCUGCCGCCCUCUCCAACUCUGGCGUUGUCGGAGCUCUUCGUUUCCCCGUCAUCGCCAAGCCUCUGGUGGCCGAUGGCAGCGCCAAGUCCCACAAGAUGGCCCUUGUUUUCCACCGUGACGGCCUAUUAAAGCUUAAACCGCCGCUCGUGCUGCAGGAGUUUGUAAACCACGGAGGGGUCAUAUUCAAGGUGUACGUGGUGGGGGACUACGUGCAGUGCGUGAGAAGGAAGUCCCUCCCGGAUGUCUCCGAAGAGAAGCUGGAGUGUUCUGAGGGGUCCGUCACCUUCUCUCAGGUGUCCAAUUUGAUUGCACAAGACCCGACGGAGGUAGAGUACUACAGGCAUCUGGACGAGGCAGAGAUGCCUCCGUUAAGCUUUAUCACCGAGAUAGCUAGAGGUUUGAGGCGGGCUAUGGGAUUACAUCUUUUCAAUUUUGAUGUGAUCAGGGAUGCGAAGGUGGGAAACCGCUACCUUGUGAUCGACAUCAACUACUUUCCUGGAUAUGCCAAAAUGCCCCAUUAUGAGAAAGCUCUGUCUGACUUCUUCUGGGACAUUGUUCAUGAGAAGAAUGGGAAAGACUCUGGAAACGGGGCCGUCGACGAAGAAACUAAGCUUUUGGUCAGCAAUCAUCACAAGAUAGCAGAUGAUGUGGCCGUGGAGAAUAAUGUGACCUGAGGUUCAUGGAUCUUUCUUCUCAUAGAUCUAAUUUUACUUCCAACAACUUCAAAGGUACAAUUUGCACUUCAUUUCAAACUAAGAUGUUACUCCUCUUUGCAUGCCGUCAUAUUAGGAAAAGUUAAUUCGGUUCUUGCAUUAACUUUGUACAUCCUACUGCGGGCAUAAGCGAUCACUUUGUCGGGAUAUUUAAGGGAGUCAGCUUGGUCUUCAUUCUAAAGGGAUUUUGGUCACAUGGCUAGACAUUAUUGCUGUUUUACUCACUUGGAAUCAAUGCUGUGUGAAUCAUGGAAGCUUUGACAGCAAAAUGUGAAAUACUAUAGAGAUUGGUUGGUUAUGGAAGCAUAGUGCAUCCCUUAAUGAUAGUCCAUUUUAUCUUGAUCAGUCAAACAACUUAGUAACUAGCCACUUGACUUAGUUGAUUAUACUAUCAUGUGGACGUUAUAGCCAUCUAAUGGCAUUAUGAUUCCCCUGGAUAUUAGGUCUAAUUAUUCACCAAUAGAUGUUACUUCUACUCUUCUAGUGAUUCAAUGUUAGUUCUUCGAAAGAAAGCUAACCUCCAUGUGCGUGAGGAGCUAUUCUGCUAAAGAUUAUACAAUUUGUUUGCUAAUCUAGUAACAUUUUGCUCCAGGAUUCUUCAUCUCAAUACUGGCAGCAUUUCUUCAACAUGCUUCAUGAUUCUGAGUAAACACUGCUGUUUGGUCUGACGACUCUUACCCUUGCUUGUUUUUUUUUUAAAUCUUCAGUAGAGGAACACUAAGUAAAAAAAACGUAUUUAGAACUAUGAUGAGGUGAUGAUGGGAUGGCAAAAAAAAUUUGCUGGAGAUGAGAUGUUUAUUUUGAUCUGUAAAAUCUAGUCUUUGUUGAUCACA